AUGGACCAUUCCAGGAUAACAGUGGACCUCCGCCGACCGCUGGGCAAAGGCCAAGGCGAAAGAACGACGGUAGGAGGCGAAAGGCAACGUCGUUUGGCGCAACUCGGCUACGUCCCAAUCUCAUCGGAGAGAAAGGCUCGGUUUGCCGUCGUAGGCGACGUUCACGGCCAGUUCUCGCUCCUGGCGCGGAAAUUGGAAGCCAUAUGCGAAAAGAACGACUUUUCCCUUGAUUUCGUCCUGCAGGUAGGAGACCUCGAAUGUCAUCGCAAUGACGACGACUUGAGAUCCAUGGCAGCACCCGCAAAGAAGAGGACGCUGGGGGACUUUUGGAAAGCGUGCCAAGAUGACGAUUUCUACAUGAGACACCCAAUGUACUUUAUUGGGGGUAAUCAUGAAUGUUAUGGGUGGUUGGAUAACGAAAGUCAUUUCGCGGCAGAUGGCACGAACUUGAUGAAGGGGUUCCUGGAGGUUGCUCCCAAUGUGUUUUAUCUCGGGAGAGCCGGUUAUCUGCCAAUUCGGUUCUUCGAAAAGCCAGCCAAGGAAGCCACAGAAGAUACGGAUGAGCAUCCUCUCGAUGUUGACGGAAUUCUCAAUUUGGGUUUUCUUUCUGGUAUCCACCGCCCGGCGGACUACUAUCACAGACGGCCCGCCAUGACUGAAAACAAUCUCGCAAAUGAGAGCAACAAACGAUGGAUCGGGUUCAACGUCUACGAUACACAGCUGUUGCUAGAAGAUGAAAACGACGAUGGGAUUGACCAUGCAAGGGAGAGCUGCCUGGAGGAGCGGGAGAACGAACCCCCCACAUCCCGCAAAGAGAUGCGUCGGCGGUUGGUGGCUGUCCUGGCGAGGCUCUUGGGUGUGAAUCUAAGAGACGACCAGCACCUCGACAGCGAUGUCCUGCUUUCUUCAGCCGAUGUAGAAUACCUGACAAGAUUUUUGAUCGCUCCUGCCGCCAGCGCCGAGGAAACUGCAGAGAACCGACGCACCGCGGCCCAGAGUCUCCCUCGUUCUCUUGAUGCCAUUUCUCGUGUCCUGAUGAAGGGCCGCUCGGUGGCAGAUGUCACGAACAUGAUGGAGAACAGAUUGAAGAGAAAGCGCGCCUGUGACAUUCUCUUGACGCACGAUUGGCCUGCUGGAAUCGUUGAUGAACGAGAAAUCAAAGUUGUUGGGAAGAGAUCUCGCCCCGCUGGAAACGAGGUUUGCAGGGAAGUGACAGACGGGCUGAAACCAAAGGUUCAUUGUUGUGGCCACAUGCAUCGCGGUUUCCGUCGUGAGAUAAAGCACAAGACACCCAGCGGGAAACCAUCCAAAAAGACGACGGAUUUGUGCUGUUUAGGGAAGGUUGGUCUUUCAGGGUCUGCGGCUUUUGCAGUCUUUGAAUUGGACUUAGAAUCGGGAGAGUUGAUCGAACUCGGACAAGACGCACAACUUUACAACUUGCAACCAUUUGACGAAGACGAGGACGAUGACUGA